AUGAUGGCGGCCCAUGCCAAAAUAUCUCCUCCAGUUUCACCAACUCCAUUAUCACAGCCUCUGCCGCCAUUUCUGUCAAGGUCAAGCAGCAAUGGCAGUAUUAGCUCAACCUUACAGAAGAGAGAUGGCCAGUUGACAGCCACAGCAAAGAGCCAAAAAUAUUUCCGCCGGCUCCUCAAAUUUCGGCAAAUGGAUUUUGAAUAUGCCUUUUGGCAAAUGAUUUAUCUGUUUGUAGCUCCACAGAAAGUGUACAGAAAUUUCCAGUACAAAAAAUUAACUAAAGAUCAGUGGGCUAGAGAUGAUCCAGCAUUUCUUGUUCUUCUGGCAUUCUGGCUUUGUGUAUCAUCUAUUGGAUUUGCCCUGAUCCUGAAUUUAGGAUUUUGGGGUUGUAUGAAGUUUUUGUUGUGGGUGAUAUUUAUCGACUGUAUUGGAGUUGGGCUGCUCAUUGCAACUCUUUUCUGGUUUAUCACGAACCAUUACAUGCUGGUCAGUCCACCAAGAGGUCAGGAUGUUGAGUGGGGGUACGCCUUUGAUGUCCAUCUCAAUGCGUUCUUCCCACUGUUGAUGAUUUUACACUUUUUCCAGCUGCCAUUUUUGAACCAUGUGAUCAACACACAGCUGUUCCUGUCAAGGCUGUUUGGCAACACUUUCUGGCUGGUAGCCGUAUGCUACUAUGUUUAUAUCACAUUUCUAGGAUACAGUGCGCUUCCGUACCUGAAGAACACACGGACGUUGCUGUUUCCUAUCACAGGAGCCAUCCUCAUAUUCAUUUUGUCUCUGGUGUUUAGCUGGAACUUUUCCUGGGUUUUAUCUGAAUUUUACCAAUACCGGGUGAUGAGCCAGUGA